UUUAGGAUUUAGUUUUUUCCUGAAGACUUAAAAAUUUUUUUUUUGUAAUUACUACUAUUUUUAUUUUUUAUCUUUUUAUUUUGAAAACAUAAUAUAACUUGACAAUAUUUUGUUUCCUUUUAUAAAAGAUAUCAAAUUUGAAAUAACAUAAUCCUAUUGGUUGGUGAACCUAGAGGGUGAACCCAAGAAUAAGUCUUCUUUCUACCAUCGUUCACUUCAUUUUGUUCAAGUGGCAUAGUGAAAUCUUCGUCAAAAUUUAAAAAUCACAAUAUAAAAAUGAAAAAGGAAAACCUAACUUUUUUUGUCAGCACCUAACUUCUUAAUUGGAAACUUAGAAUAUAAAACAUAAUCUAAAAACUAAAAAAAAAUUAUUUAUUGGUUCAACCGGUGGUUCAACCGGUAUCGGGUUCCGGAUUUUAGUGAGUUUUUGUGAGUUUUUGCGGGUUUCUAAAUAUUGGGUUUUUCACAAAACUCAAACCGAAUUUUUUCUAGGUCACCGGGUUUACCGGUUCAACCGCGGGUCCGGGUCGGGUUUCAAAACACUGCUGUAAACUGUUACCUUUGUUUCUAUAUUUAUGAUGGAAAUAUAAUUACCAAAGGAAUUUUUUACUCUUUAAGACACUUUUUGUCUUUCAAAUUACACAAUAGGUCACCUGCUGGUGGAGGCACACUUUCUCUUUGUGCAAUGUCCUAUAUGUCCUCAAUCUAACUACGCUCUCUCCUAACCACAACCCUUCUUAACUAAGCUGUCACUUUCCCUUCUUUAAAAAAAAAAAACAAUUGAUCAGUUUCUUAUUUUUUAGUUUUCAAAAACCAACGGGUAAACGACAUAUUUCCACACCAGAAGUAUCAUAUAGUAACAGUUACACACGAUCUUUCAACCUCGUCUUAAUUGCAUGCAUGAAAACUUAUCAAACUGAUUUCCCCCCGAUUUGAAAGAUCGAAACCCGAAUCCACAUAAAACAUUUCGUCGGAACCAAAACCUACACCUAGCCGAUUUAAAUUGAUUUACUAUUUAUCUAUUUGUAAUCUAAUCAAUAGAUAACCUAACUAAACCAAAAAUGACCCAAUUAAAAGUGCUAAACCAAAAAAUAUAUAACCUGAUCUACUAACCGAGGUUUACCCAGAAAACUGAAGUCACAUAAUGUUGAGGAAGAAGAAGAAGAAUUCGAACAACAGCAAAAGAAAAAGAAAACCCAGAAAAAAAUUUUGAGCUUUUUGUUUCCCCCAAAUCAUUCUUCUAUUUUAUUGGAAAGACAAAAAUUAUGUAUGUGGCUGUGAAUCUCGUCUUCCUCCUUUUGAACAAUAUGAAAUCUGCAAAGCUCUACACAUUGUCUGAUGCCAUUGUUGAAUCUGACGAAUACCCUUCACUUUCUUUCCUUAGAGAUUGCUUGUUCUAACAGAGCUAGAGGUCCUCGUAGCCUCUUUUGUGUGUGUGUGUAAAUAUUGGGAGGUUCUCGUGGACAAAGAGACGCCAAGGGAGAAGACGCCAUCGUCGUUCGGAAGCCUCUCGGAUCAUCAAUUUUAAAAUGGCUUACUCUAUUCUCUCAAUUUUAAAAUGGCUUACUCUGUUCUCUAAACGAGGUUACUUGAGGAUUUGUCUUACGAUCAAACGCCUUUUAUGAAAGAUGGAUGUGAGAGGGUGAAAGCGCGUGGAGCUAGAGUUAUGAGUGUUCUUUGUUGUUGCAAGCGAUGGGAUUAUCGAGUUUCUUCCAAGCCAAGCUGUUGUUGGUAUAGUAAUUUAUGAAGAAAACAUAAAAAUUUGGAAAAUCUUUCAUGUGUUUUCAACUAUUGUAUGUGUUCUGUUUGUUUGCAGGUGGGGAGAUACACAGAUCCGCGAGAUGGCUUCAAAACCGGGUGAACAAAGUCGGAUCUCUCUGGUCGAAUUGUAUUUUGUCUUUUGGUUUGAUUUACCUGUUACAAACCAAUAAAUCAAUGAAUAACCGAAGCUAUGUGGAUUCGGGUUUGGAUCAUUUGAAUCAGGGGGAAAUAGGUUUGAUAAGUUUUCAUAUGUGCAAUUGAGACGAGGUUGAAAGAUCGUGUGUAACAGUUACUAUAUGAUACUUCUGGUGUAGAAAUAGGUCGUUUACCCAAAACCAACCUAUAUUCUCUCUCCAACUUUACUUUUUCAGAUUCAGAUUUACUUUUUCUAAUUUGACGGUCCCUUCGUUUACUAACCCUAAUUCUGUGAACCCUCUUCUUCUUCAUCUUCAAUUUCUCCAUAGAACACCAUGAAACCAGAGGUCCGCCGCGAGUUUGAUUGUGUAAUCUCAUCUACACGACUUGGGAACUCUCGAGAAUCCUCCACCGAAAUUUAUAUGUACGACAGUCUGGCUCUGUGGUUCUCCUCUGGACGAAUCUCUUUAUUGUGAUGUGUCUUGAUUGGAUUCAGCUUAGUUCCUACUGAUGAAACCAAUCUCCAUAGCAAAGGUAAACAUUAAUCUGAUAUACGGCGCGUAAUUAUCGAAGUUCUCUCCUCAAAUACACUCCCAAAUUGAUUUGUUUUGUUUUGUUUUGUUUUGGAAAUUCCGUUCAAUAACACAAACCAUAAACGAAAAGUUUGAGAUGAAAUCAUGAGGAAGUUGAGAAGUGGGGAGGUAAUCAAGAAGGAUUUGAGAUUUCGAGACAAACGAAAGGUGGACUGAGUUCGUUGAUUGUCUCUGUUUCUCGAAAUCGAGGUAAGAUUCUUUUUUUGUUUUCUUCACUCGUGAUUUUUUGUUCUGAGAAAUUGAUGUUCUGAAAAAUUGAGGAAAACGGGUUUGAGUUUAGUUUGUUUGAUGUGUUGUGUGCAUUUUCUCCAUGAAAAUAUGAACUAUCUUUUGGUUGAUAUCAUUGUACUGUAUUGUUUGGUAUUGAAACAUGUGUGGUUGAUUUCUUUGUUUUUGUUUUGUCUAAUUUGAUGUUCGGUUGUUGUUUCGUCUUUGUAUAUGUCAUCGUCUUUGUGUUUCUAUGUCACUGUAUUUUACUGUGUUUGUGUGUUUUGUGUUUCGUUUGUGGUAUCAUGUAUGUGUGGUGUGGCAAAGAAACUGCAGACAGUGUCACCUACCAACAAUGUUACCAAUCGUAUAACUUCUGAAAGUUUUUGUUGGCUACAUGACAGGAUCCUUGAGGAGAGUCUAAGAGGUCAUAAAGCUCGAGAGUUGAUGCUGACACCUAGUGGUGUUUGUCCUUCAUAUUUUGUCCUUUAGUUUGGUUUGAGUCGUUGCCUCAAGACCUUUGUUCUUUCUCUUAAGUAAUGAAAACGUUUUCGUCUACAAAUUUUUAUCAACAGAUUCCAUCCAUGUCCACAAAUUUAAUCCAUGUCCAUGUCCACAGAUUUAGUCACGUCUCUCUGUCCACAACAAUAAAUUAUUAUGUUUACAAUUUUUGAAUUCUUCGUUCUAUACAACAAAUUAUAUAUCCUACAUUUAUCAUAUUUAUUGAGAUCUUUGUCCACCAUUCUUUAUCCACAAAUUUAUUUUUUAUGAUCGAGAACGUCUGCUUUUAAAAAAUUUAGGUUCAUGUCCAUGUCCACACAUUUUUAUAUAAAUGUUUAUAUAUCCAUGUCCACACAUUUUUAUAUAAAUGUUUAUAUAUAUAUAUGAAAUGGAUGUUGAAAGAUAAAGAAUCUUAUGUAUAAUUUAUUAUGUUAAUUAUAUUUAUUUUAUAUAUUUUAAUUUUUGAGAUAAGAGUAAAAGAAAACAAAAGUGAAAUAAAAGAAACAACGAUAGCAUAAAAUAAAAAAUAAAAUGGUGGACAAUUUCUUAUAUACACGUACUUUAGUACAUCUGUAAGUUACUUUUUCUAACUAGAUAACAAAUUAACUUUUCAGAUGCUUAGCUAAAACAAUUAUAUCACUCUUUUCCAUCGUGGAGCAAAGGGCAUAUGAGUCAAAAAGAUGUCUCGUACACCAUAAAAGUAUGCUUCCAGCACAUUAUGUGUUAAAGUGUCAAAAAAGAGAAAAAUGUAUCCCAUAGAGAAAUCAACUCUUACCGAAGCGUAAAAGAAAAACAUUUCCCGUCUUCUGCUACGUCGUGUCAUGAAAGAUUCUUGGGUUCACUGAGAAAGGAAUAAACCCUAUGAACAGUGGCUUCCUCUCUUCUUCUCCAACUUGCUGCUUCCUCCAUGGCUAAUUCAGUUUCUUAGAAGCUCGAGUCAAGUUUGAGGAGACCCCAUGAUGGAUUCUGAUAUUCAAAUUAGUUCAGGUAGUAGUAGUAGCAGCAGCAGCAACUGCAGUGGUAGUGGUAGUGAUGACGAGCUCAUUGGGAAAGAAACUAGUGGGAGCAGUAGUUUUACUUCCUCUGCGGGUAAUAGUCAAGAUAGUGCUGGAUGUACGAAUCAUGCUUCUCCUAGUGGGAAUGGGGUUAGGAUACUCCCUCCUUCUUCUAUGACACAUGGAACAUCUGCUUCUCCUUUACAUGGUCCAAGCGAUCCAGUGGACAUGACUGGAAAUGAAAUUGGGGAAGACAAGAAUUCUGAGAGGCUGAUCUAUCAGGAUGCACUACAGAAUUUGAAUCAACCCAGGACAGAAGUUGAUCUACCUCCUGGUACUCUUUCAGUUCCUCUUAUGAGACAUCAGAAAAUUGCAUUGGCAUGGAUGUUACGAAAGGAAACAACUUGUUUAGACUGUUCAGGAGGGAUAUUAGCAGCUGAUCAGGGACUUGGUAAGACAGUCUCGAUGAUUGCUCUUAUCCUGAAGCAAAAGUAUGAGUCGCAAUUAAAGUCUGAGAUCACAAGCAAGCAAGAAUCUGAAAUACUGGACCUGGAUGCUGAUGAUGAUGAGUCAGAAAAUGCAAAGCAUGAUGAAAGUGGAAGUCAUGCAAGACCACCAGAGCUCAAGGUUUCAAGCGAUAGUGAGACCAUAGUUCUUCUGAGUGAUGAUGAGAAUGGUAGUUCAGAUAUGGAGAAUGCAAAAGAUGAAGAAGCACGGGAACUUAAUAGCAACAAGAGACCAGCUGCUGGUACAUUAGUUGUUUGUCCCGCGAGUGUUGUAACGCAGUGGGUAAGAGAACUUGAUGAGAAGGUCUCUGAUGAAUCCAAACUCUCUGUUUUAGUCUACCAUGGUGGUAAUAGGACCAAAGAUCCUAGUGUAUUAGCAAAAUAUGAUGUGGUUAUCACAACUUAUGCCAUUGUUACCAAUGAAGUUCCCAAACAGUUCUUGUUGGAUGAGGAUGAGGAUGAGAACGAUGACAGUCACAGCUUCUCCAACAGUAAAAAACGUAAAGUUUCUGUGAGUGCUAGUAAGAAUAGAGGUUCUUUUGGCGGUACACUAUCAAGAGUUGGGUGGCUCAGAGUAGUACUUGAUGAAGCUCAGACAAUUAAGAAUCAUAGAAUACAAGUGGCAAGAGCAUGUCGCAUUCUUCGAGCCAAAAGGAGGUGGUGUUUGUCUGGAGCGCCGAUACAAAACACAGUUGAUGAUUUAUAUAGCUAUUUCAGAGCACAUGAAGGUGAAGAGCCACCUAGCCAGGAACCAAUAAAGACGCUAGUGUUCUCUCAGUGGAAUGGUAUGCUUGACUUGGUUGAGCUGUGUUUUGUCGAAAAUGGCAUAGAGUUCAGAAGAUUAGAUGGUACAAUGAGUCUAGCAGCAAGAGACAGGGCUGUAAAAGAAUUCAGCAAUGAUCCUGAUGUAGAGGUGAUGCUGAUGUCGCUAAAAGCUGGAAACCUAGGUCUGAAUAUGGUAGCUGCAAGUCAUGUUGUUUCUUCAGGAGGAGAAAAGGAGAAUGGUUGCAUCGGCUUAUGGUGAAGAUCAUGGUGGAAGCUCUGCGACUCGACUGACUGUUGAUGAUCUCAUGUAUCUUUUUAUGGUGUAGACCACUGAAUUGUAUGCUCUACCCGUAGCCUACAUAUUAGUAAUGGAGAUUGUGGCUAACGUUUCUUGAUCAAGAAGAAACCUCUUUUGUAAUUGAAUUUCUAUACUAUGGGUCUCCUAGGACUUCGUGUUUUGUUUUUGUGAGGCUUGAAACCAGUCUAGGUCUUUUGUGUUGCGAAGUUGCAUCUAUUUGAAGCAUGAAAUAUGUAAAUCUAAGAAUCUAUUGCUGGAAAAUUGAUACCUUUGGCAGCUGAUCCUUUUUUAUUGGCUCUGUUAUAUAUACCCCUGUUCUUUUGUCAACCGCGGCGGCAGCGACGAGAAAAACAACAAGCAAAAUGGAAAAAACGGAGUUAUCAAGUAUCGCUUGAUUAAGACGCGAGAGACAUAUUACACACAAAAAGAUGACGCUGAAAAUAAUGGUGUCUAUUAGAGAAGCCUUGGAUAGCACCUGCGAUCGUUUCUGGCGGAUGUUUCUAUUUCUUCCAUGAUUAUUUUGUUCUCUGUUAGCGUUCUCCAUUGAUGCACCCGACUGGUGGACACAUGGCGAAGGAGCUAAUCCUAUGAUGUUCACUAAGAAGUUGAUGUUUUUACGUGGCGAAGUUAUCCUGUGGUCUUCAUUAAAAAGUUAUUUAAACCAAAAUUUACGCUAUGCUCUACCGGAUUGAUUAUGGACAUGAAGAGAAUCCACAAGGGAUCCGGAAACCUAAUAAUCAUUUUCUGGUUAUACAUAUAUAUUGAUCUCAUAACUUCUCUGGGAAGCGGAUGGAGGCCGGUGAUGCGUCCCGGUCGGAUGCGGAACGGAGCAAUCCGGUCCGCCGAUCGAUUCGGGUCGUGGGCCGACACGAGGCGGUCUGCUCUCGCCACGUUAGCAGCUCAAGCAGCCCGCCAACCGUCGACGGGUUCCUUCCAACACUAUUCAAUUGUUUUAGUUUUUGGAACUGUUUUUUUUUUGCUGCAGAGAUUUAGAUUCGAGAGAGACAUGUUAGAAGGAAGUUGGUACAAGACCAUCCAAGGUUGGCAAGUUUUCUCUAUAUAAGGUUUGGUUUGGUGAUUUAUUUAUUUAUUUCUGAGUUCGAUGUCAGGUGUAUCAUUUACCAUAGAUGCACCAAGUCAGAUGGUAUAUAUGUGUGGGAACAUUGAAGAAGGUUUGCUCAUGAAGAUGUUAACGAAGACGGGCAUUCAAAUAUUGGGAGUGGACUAUGGAAAUUUGAAGCCACCUCCCAAGAAAGUUGAGCCUCAAAUAUCAGAUGGAACCAAGACACAACCCAAGAAAGACACAGCGCCUCCUCAAAACACAAAGCCAAAAACAAGAAACAAGGAAAUAAUUUUUUUUUAUAAAUAAAACUCACUUUUAUUCCAAAGUUAAAAAACAUUAACUUGGUCCAGCUGUGUUUUAUCGAAAAUGGCAUAGAAUUCAGAAGAUUAGAUGGCAGCAAGAGACAGGACUGCCAAAGAAUUAAGCAAUGUUCCAGAUGUAAGUGAUAUGAAUAUCUUAGAUAUCUUUUCAUGAUCUUGAAGCUCUCUUAACAGUGAAAAGUCUGUUAACAGGUAGAAGUGAUGUCGAUAUAUUCACAAAUUUGAAUAUAUCGACUCAAAUGUAUUAGCUUACCCAAUACCAAUAAAAUACGAAUGAUAAAUAAAUGCCCUCAUAGAGAAGUGUGAUAGUAAGAAGCUAUAAAUGGCCUCAAGAACAAUGUCCUAUAAACUAGUAUAACAAUGAUCAUCGAUACAGUAAAUGAAUAACUUGGGUCUAUCAGGGAAGAUUCAGAAGCUAAACAUGUAUAACAUCAAAUGCACAUAAAAUUAAUCAGAUCAAGUGUUGGAUUAGAUUUAUUGCUUCAUCAUUAUCACCACCGCCUAAAUCAAUUCACGAUUAACUUGAUUUAAAAUCAACGAAUUUUAAAAUAAAACUUUGCAAAUUCAUUUAUGGGUGGGGGGUAAGAAGAUGACUCAGUGGUGGCUAGUAAUAUUAGGUUCGAUUCUGCCAGCAAAUUACUUCAGCUGAACUCAGAAGAGGGAGCGUUAUAUCCUCAUCGUCAUCUCCCCACCACCAAAACAAUUUCAGAAUUCAAUCGAAUUUUCAAAGGAAAAAAUUAAAUUAAAAAAAAACAGAGAGAAGGCUCAGUUCAGCGGGAUUAUCGACACAGAAACGAAUCUCCGGUAAAGGAAGAAACACCUCAUUCCGGUCUGUUGAGCUUGAUAUUUUCCGAGUCGUCACUGCCUUCUCUAUUUUAAUUGAGAGAUCAUCGAAAACAAAUAUGAAACAAUAACAACAAAAAAAAACAACGAUAGAA